UUUUACUUCAAAAAAAUAACUACUUCGCGCUAAAUUAGCGAACAUAUACCUACAUACUGUCUAACGUCAUCUUGAUUCGAUGUCUAUGAAAGACGUCUAUCGAAUAACGUAUAUGAACCAUGUAGACGUAACGUAGACAAAGACAAUCGUACGUCCGCACGCGGCUACUGACCGCCACGACCCCGGCCCCAUUCCUAGAGUUCCCAAAAAUGUCAAUUCAGGUAUAAAAACACCUUCUCCUUCCUCCUCGUAUUUUAUUUUUCAAACUAAACGAGUCCAUACACCCAACCCAUUUCCCCUACAAACAAAGAACCCCCCGUUUCUUGAUCACAACUCACAAACAUGUCACCGGAAAAACCAAUCAACACACCAUUACUCCUCCGGUCAACCAUCAACUGUUCUUUCAGGGUCUUAAUCCUAUCCAUUCUUCUCGGCCUAAUGAUCUUCUGGGGCACUGACGGUUUCGACACUUUCAAUAUCACCAAUCUCCACAAAGAUUCCACCAUCUUCAACCUCUCUCCCACUAAACCCCACCAAGAUUUCACCCAAAACCUGCAACAACUCACCCCCACAAACCCACUGAGCCUCAACUCAGUUUCCACCGAGUCACACUCCGGCUACUCAUCCACCCUCCUUUCCCGCUGGAUCGCUCCCGGUGGUUCCCCAUGCAAAGAUUCAAUCACAGAUAAUAUCGAUAUCCAUGGUUUGGAUAACAUUAACCGGAAUAUUGAAUUAUCCACCGGAGAUAUCCACGAAUAUGUUAUCCAAAGUUUGGAUAGCUCCGGAAACCCCCGGUGUUUGGGUGGUGAUUAUUUCGAAACCGAUUUAUCAAGUGCCACGUGGAAAUCACGUCCUCCGGUUAAAGAUUUUGGCAAUGGAAGUUACCAAAUUACCCUCCAAGUUCACCCUGAUUUCGCCGGAGAUUUUAACCUAACGGUAAUUCUGUUGUUCAGUAACUACCAGGGGUUAAAACUUUCACCGGAGAGAUUUGCAAUUGACAAAACUCUCCGUACAGUUCCGAUCAAGUUUAAAAAGUUAAACUCAAUCUCAACCGUUGGAUUACCGGAGUUAAAACUAUGUAAGAGAUCAGAUUAUGUGACGGACGUGUGGGCCGGGCGGUGGACCCGUCACGCUAAAAACGAGAAAUGCGUCAUUAGUAAUGACGGACGUUACCGGUGUUUAAACCAUGACUAUCCGUGCACGCGUCCGUGGUGUGACGGACACUUGGGGGUUUUAGAGAGUAAUGGGUGGAUUUACUCUACUCACUGCUCUUUUAAGUUGUAUAAUUCAGGUUUGGUUUCGGAUUCGGAUUUAGUUUGGAACUGUUUGAACAACUGUUGGUUGUUCUUUUGGGGGGAUUCGAAUCAUUGUGACACGAUUCGAAACAUGUUAAAUUUCAUACUAGGUUAUGAAAUCGGAGUUGUGUCACGUCGGUUUGAUAUGAACAUUACAAACCCUAGAAACGGGUCUCAGUCGUUUCGGAUAACUAACGUGUUUAAUGGUCAUUAUAACGUUACGGGUAACUAUCAAGGGUUGAAUUCGCUUUACAACGUCGGUUAUCGUAGGUUUUUAACCGAUUAUUUCUCGGGAGAGCGUGUUCCGGAUACAAUAAUCAUGAAUUCAGGUUUGCACGACGGGGUUUACUGGCCGAAUUUGAGGAGAUUUAUAAAGGGGGCAACGGAUGCUGCCGCGUUUUGGGCCGGGGUAUUGGAGGGGGUGAGGCGGCGUAAUGUGGUGGUGCCGAAGGUGGUGUAUAGGACGGCGGUGGCGACGGGUGGUUACGCAAGGAAAUUGGUGUUUAAUCCUAGUAAAAUGGAGGCGUUUAAUGGUGUUUUUGUUGAUAAGUUGAGGGAGUUUGGGGUGAUUGAUUAUGUUGUGGAUCAUUUUGAUAUGACUUACGUUUGGCAUUAUGAUAACCGGUGUAGUGAUGGGGUGCAUUACGGUAGAGCUCCGGCGAAGAUGCGGUGGAGGGAUGGUGAGAUUGGGCACCAGUAUUUUGUUGACUUGAUGUUGUGUCAUGUUUUGUUGAAUUUAGUGUGUUCAAACUAGGUUUGGUGAUGUAUAUUGUACGUGUAUAGUUGUAUACUACAUUGAAAUUUGACAAAUUUUUAGAACUUCACCAUUUACUUAUUUCAAUCGAACUUUUUGUUCGGCUGAA